AUGAGCCUCAGCAGUCACCCCUUGACCUCUGUAACCUUUGUGCUCCUGGUUGCUGGGGUUGCUGUUGCUGUGACGACCCUGCACAGUUUCCGUGGCUGCGCUGUGCGGGAUUUCUCCUUCGUGGCUCAGAAGCCUGGUUGCAAGAGUCUGCGUAUACACACAGAGGCAUGCUGGGGCCGCUGCCACACCUGGGAGAGACCAGUACCGGAUCCUCCUUUCAUUCAGAGGCACCACCGCGUCUGCACCUACAGCCGCUGGCGUCACAUGACCAGCCGCUUACCAGGCUGCCUGCCCGGAAUCUCUCCGCUCUACCACUACCCUCAGGCCCUGCAGUGUGAAUGUAAUGCCUGUUCUUCACACUACACAGAGUGUGAGGCCUUCUGA